AUGUCCCGCCAGAGCCGCCGGUACAAGGCGCCUCCACAAGGACUGGACUGUGGCCGCCCGCGGACUCCCCGAGUCCGACUGCUCUUGCUAGGUUUAGGAGGGGUACUGGUGCUGGCCUUGGUGCUGGGGGUUUACUUUUCUAACAUCUCCACUGAUGUCCUUCAUGCGGAGACAGAUUGGACCAAAGACAGAUGGUCUCAUAAGCCUAGUAAAUGCUCGACUGCACACAUUCAGCAUUUGGCCUCUCAAGUUAAUGGAAACCGUUUAUGGGAGACACAUCUGAGGCCUAUUCUCAUAGAGCGACUUCCUGGGACAGCAGGCAGUCUGUCAGUGCAGCAGCAUAUCACCUUCACGCUGUCUUCACUGUCUGCAGGCUGGAGUAUUGAUUUAGACUCAUUCCAGUCUCCUACUCCACAUGGAGAAGUGACAUUCACAAACAUUGUGGCUACAUUGGAUCCAGCAGCACCUCGGAGACUGCUCCUUGCCUGCCACUAUGACUCUAAAUCCCUUCCCUCAGACCCACAAGCCCCAACGAGAGUGUUUCUGGGUGCCAGUGAUUCAGCAGUGCCUUGUGCCAUGAUAUUGGAGCUUGUAACAUUGUUAGAUACACAGCUUAAAACAUUUAAAUAUCAGAAAUCCCCAGUAACUCUUCAGUUGGUGUUUUUUGACGGUGAAGAAUCGUUUGAAGAAUGGACUGAUAGUGAUUCUCUCUAUGGCUCUCGGCACCUGGCUGAACAGAUGGCUGCAACACCUCAUCCUGGGGACCCUACGAUGCACACUACAAUGCUUCAGGCUGUGGAUCUGCUUGUGCUUCUGGACCUGCUUGGUGGUCCCAAUCCCCUCAUCUUAAAUCACUUUGAAACCACUGCACGCUGGUUUGAUCGUCUCACUUCAGCAGAAAAGAGACUCCAUCGACAGGGUUUGCUGGCCUCACAUCCCUCUGAACAAACUUACUUCAGGAAAGAUCUGUAUCUGGGGCCUGUUCAAGAUGACCAUAUCCCUUUUCUUCACAGAGGGGUUCCUGUGCUGCACAUUAUUGCCACACCUUUCCCUCAGUUUUGGCAUACACUGGAUGACACGGAGGAGAAUAUGCACCGGCCCACCGUAGAAAAUCUAACCAAGAUUCUUGCCGUUUUUCUGGCAGAGUACUUAGGGUUAUUCUAA